CCCCCACCACUCGCCUCUUCGUCCCGCCGCCGCCGCUGCCGCUCCGCUGCCGGAAAUGGGGAAGGGAGGGUCGCUGAGCGAGGGUCUGGUGAGGAAGAUCGUCCUGUCCUACACCUACGUCGCCGUCUGGAUCUUCCUCUCCUUCACCGUCAUCGUCUACAACAAGUACAUCCUCGACCGGAAGCUCUACAAUUGGCCCUUCCCAGUCUCCCUCACCCUCCUCCACAUGUCCUUCUGCUCCGCCCUCGCCUUCCUCCUCGUCAACGUCUUCAAGGUCGUCGAGCCCGUCGCCAUGUCCCGGGACCUCUACCUCUCCUCCGUCGUCCCCAUCGGCGCCCUGUACGCCCUCUCCCUCUGGCUAUCCAACUCCGCCUACAUCUACCUCUCCGUCUCCUUCAUCCAGAUGCUCAAGGCCCUCAUGCCCGUCGCCGUCUACUCCAUCGGCGUCUUGCUUAAAAGAGAGACCUUCAAGUCCCAGACCAUGCUCAACAUGGUGUCGAUCUCGCUCGGCGUCGGCGUCGCCGCCUACGGCGAGGCCAAGUUCGACGCCUGGGGCGUGGCCCUCCAGCUCGGCGCCGUCGCCUUCGAGGCCACGAGGCUGGUCCUGAUCCAGAUCCUGCUCACCUCCAAGGGGAUUCAGCUGAACCCCAUCACGUCCCUGUACUACGUCGCGCCGUGCUGCCUCGUCUUCCUGCUCGUGCCGUGGGUCUUCGUGGAGUACCCGGUGCUCGUGAAGUCCUCGAGCUUCCGGCCCGACCUCGUGGUCUUCGGUACCAACUCGCUCUGCGCGUUCGCGCUCAACCUGGCCGUGUUCCUGCUCGUCGGCAAGACCUCGGCGCUGACGAUGAACGUGGCGGGCGUGGUGAAGGACUGGCUGCUGAUCGCCUUCUCGUGGUCGGUGAUCAAGGACACGGUGACGCCGGUGAACCUGUUCGGGUACGGGCUGGCGUUCCUGGGCGUCGCGUACUACAACCACUCGAAGCUGCAGGCGCUCAAGGCGAAGGAAGCGCAGAAGAAGGCGGCGGCGCAGGCGGGCGAGGGGGAGGCCGGGAGGUUGCUGGGGCAGAGGGAAGGAGACGGGUCGGUGGGAGAGAAGAGGGACUCUCAAGCCUGAGGACAAUUCCUUGAACGUUCGAUGACCAAGAAGGCGAAAUCUGCGAAAUGAAGAACGAAAAUGGAGAGAAAUGCAAAUGCAUUCUUGCAGUUUCUUGCUCUGCUUCACAUGCUGGUUAUGAGAUUUUACUUCUUUUGGUUACCGAUUAGCAUACUUCAAAGCCUUAUUCACUAGAGGUGAAGAAUCUCUUAUUGCUAGUCAAAUUUCCUCUUAUCGUUGCAAAUUUUCGGUCCCUUUUUGUAUCCUAAACCUUCUUCUUCACUUAUGGAGAUUUACUCCUGAUUUUGCCC